AACCGCGGGUAGAAUUGGAAAUGUGUAAACAAAAGAAAAAUUGUGAAAUCUGUUUUAGCUAAAUUAACUUGAAAGAAAUGGUACGAAUUCGUGGCGUAAAAUGUGCCAUUUCCACCGAUGGCCAUUUAUUAAGCGGUGAAGGCGUGCUAAUUACAAAUCCAAAAUUGUUGGAAUUUGCGCGCAAGCGUAGAGUAGACUACCGACCCGAAAAUCGUGUUUGUGCAAAAUGUGCCAAAAGCUUGGAACAAAUAUACGAAUAUAAAAUAAAGCGCGCCAUAGAAAAGAAAAAUCAACGCAAAUCACUUACAAUAUCAUCUUCAUCCUCGCUGGACGACUUUGAUCACUUGGUGUAUCGUACGCCCCGGACGAAACAUUUGCGUGACUUUGUGAAACAAAAUGCACCAUUCGAACUGCGGGGUCCUUCACAGGAACUAAUAGAAGUUGAAGAGAAAGAAAAAGAAAAUCAAGACAACAACACCAGUGUACCAGCUAUACCACCGUUGAAUAUAAGCGAUAAUACCAUAAUUAGCGUAGGUGCGGAGCAACAUACCCGCGCGCCAUCGCCAGCCGCUUACGAAGUCUUGUCAAUCAGCAGAGAUAGUCCUGAAAAUGCAACACUUGACUUGAGACCAUCAACCAGCAACGCGGAAAAUAACCAAGUCAAUGAAGAACCACAACAAAACAAUCCACUAGGAUCAACAGCCUGGCGCAAGCCAUUGGAACCAGCAAAGCGUAAAACGGUACGCUUUGACGUGCAGUUACAAGAAGAUCAAUCAUCAGCGACUCACACAGCACUCCAAUACGACGUGACGGCGAAUUUAUCGGCAUCGACAACUACCGACGAUGAAGACUUCAUGCCAAGUUUGAAUGCGAUGAAUGGUACACGUUUGCCCCAUGUGCAGCCAAUACCAAGACGCAGACAAUUCCAGCACGCCAUACCAACGGUGCAGGAUAUCUAUAUGCAAGGGAUCACAGGAGGUUAAAUUAGACAACAGAAGAAGUUUAUUGUUCGUUAGAAAAAUUAGUAAUAAGUUAAAAAUUAUCAUUAGACAACUGUUAUAUUCAAAUUCAAAAGUUUAUUUAUUUGGACGUGUAAUUCGCGUAAUUAUGAAAAGUAGUUUAUAUUUAUGUGUAGAAAAUUAUAAUUGCGAAUAAAGUGAUCAGUUUCGAUUGAAAUACGAACGAGCGCU